AUGGGGAGAAGAAGGCGAAUUGUGAAUGAAAUUCCUAGUCAUUCAGAGUCUGUUGAUGGGUUGUGCGAUUCUAAUGAUAAAGAUGAGGUAUUGGAUCGCAGAGUAGAUCAUGUUGCCCCUUCAAUCAACAAUCUUCUCGAAGAUGAGGCACACGAAGAAGAAAUUGACGACGAAACAACCACUACAGAUUCAAAUAAAAGUGAAAUUUGGAGAUCGACGAGUAUUCCAAAGACUGAUUUACCUUUCAAACCAGCAAAAGGAGAUCCAGAAUACGAUAAAUUGUAUAAACUAAGAUCUCUUCUCCACAAUCUUUCUGAAACAUUCAGAGAAUGCUGGAAACCAAGCCAUCACCAAGCUAUUGAUGAAUCAAUGAUCAAGUUCAAGGGGAGGAGUAGCAUGAAACAAUAUAUGCCAGCCAAGCCAACUAAACGUGGUUACAAAGUUUGGACCCGAGCAGAUGAAUCGGGAUUUGUUUGUCAAUUUCAGAUCUACACAGGCAAAACAGAUAGUCCUGAAAAACAAUUAGGAGCACGUGUGGUUCGUGAUCUUACACGUGACCUUGUUGGUCAUAAUCACCAGGUGUAUUUUGAUAAUUUUUUCACAGGAGUAGAGCUUCUAAUAUCUCUAAAACAAGAUAACAUCCUUGCAUGUGGCACAGUACGAUCUAAUCGCGCGAAUCUCCCCAAAAGUAAUAAGUCUGAUAAAAAAAUGGUUAUUGGAGAGUACGAAUACAAGACCUCGACAUCAGGACUCACAUGGAUAAAGUGGAUGGAUAAAAAACCAGUAUACUUUUUAUCCAAUUUUCACGACCCUACCGAAACUAUAACACACAUGGGAUAUGUCGACUAUGCGGAUCGUGCAAUAUCUACUUACCAGAUUGAUCGUAAGUCCAAAAAAUGGUGGUUUAGAAUUUUUUGGCACUUCAUCGAUCUCUGUAUAUGUAACGGAUUCAUUUUAUACAAGGAAAAACAAAUCAAACCACUUUUGUCAUUGAAAAAAUUCCGAAUGAGAUUGGUAGAACAAUUGGUGGUACAUAAGAUCCCAACUCCAAAAGGUAGGAAAAGAACAGCACCAAAUACUCCAAGCCAUGCAAAAAUCAAAGUACCUGAUGAAAAGAGACUUUCUAAUGCUGCUCACAUGCCAUAA